ACGACGCACGCGGGAAGACGGGGACGCCCUCCGGCCGCUCCGGCUCCGGGACGGUUAACGGCGGCGAUUCGGCCCGGAUUGGGUUGAAUAUCGUGGAUAAAAGCUCGGCUCGGUCCUCCAGCGUCGCCUCUUCCCUCUCCGACCUCCCGCUCUCGGAGUUCCAUGGCUUCCCGGCGUGCGAUCCCGACCUUCUCGCUCGGCCGGAGCGAGAACAGGAGGUUUGGAUCCCGGACAUCCCGAGCUCGGAGGAGGAGGAAGAACUGGCCAAACCCCUCUUGAGGCUGUGGCCGAGGAGAAGGAAACGCCGGAGAAGCUGCCGAGGUGACGGAAGCUUGUCCGGCUCCGACUCCUCUUACUCAGACGACGGCUGGACGAGUGAAACGGAGGAGGACAGCUCCCAGGAGGAAUUCGGAGUGCUGGGCAAAUCCCGAGGCGGCAUCUCCUCCGGCUAUGCCAAGAACGCCUUGGGAAGGAGAUCCUCGUCUUCCGGCCGCCGCGGGAGGAAGCCGAACGGCAAGGUUUCCUCGGGAAUACGCCGCCGCUCCUCCCUCACCCGGCACCAGCGGAUCCAUCUCGGGGAAAACCCUUUCUCCUGCUCCAAGUGCCGGAGAAACUUCCCGUCUGGCUCCGCCCUCAAGGAUCACCAGGAGACCCACUGCGCGGCCAAACCCUACAAGUGCCCCAGCUGCGAGAAACGCUUCGCCUCCGCCAAAUCCCUCAGGAACCACCGCAAGCGUCACCUGGAAAACCGGGUCUUCCGCUGCUCCGACUGCGGGAAAAUCCUCACUUCCAACUCGGCUCUGAUCGUUCACCGCCGGCUACACACCGGGGAGAAGCCCUACGCCUGCCCGGAGUGCGGGAGGAGGUUCAUAGCCAGCAAGUCGCUCAACAAGCACCGCAAGAAACACGGGGAAGAAGUCGUUUUCGUCUGCCCGGAAUGCGGGAAAAAACUCACUUCCAAGUCCACCCUCGUCAUCCAUCGCCGGAUACACACCGGGGAGAGGCCCUACGCCUGCCCCGACUGCGGGAAGAGCUUCAUGGCCAGCAAGUCGCUCAGCAAACACCGCAAAUCCCACAUGGAAGAGGGCACCUACAAGUGUCCCGAAUGCGGGGAAACCUUCCCCAAAAACUCCGCCUUCGUAGCUCACCUCAGGACGCACCGGGGCCAGGCCCCGUAUCCCUGCUCCAGCUGCGGGGAAGCCUUCUUGGAAUUCUCCUCUUUGGAGCAACACCGGAAGACACACGCGGUCGACAAACCCUUCCGGUGCUCCGACUGCGGCAUCGGCUUCAACCUCAACUCCGGCCUCCUCCUGCACCAGAGGAGCCACGCGGGACCCCGACCCUACGUCUGCUCCGACUGCGGGAAAGCUUUCCGGGAUAACGCCAGCCUCCGGCGGCACCAGCGGAUCCAUACCGGGGAGAAGCCGUACCGGUGCACCUACUGCGGGAAGAGCUUCCGGGCCAGCUCCACCCUCAUCAUCCACCAGCGGAUCCACACCGGGGAGAAACCCUACGAGUGCUCCAAAUGCUCCAAGUGCUUCAUGUCCAGCUCUUCCCUCAUGAAGCACAAGCGGACGCAUCUCCGCAAGGAGCUGCUGGUGGGGCCCAGCCAGUGA